AUGGGAGGAAACAACAGAUCCCACAAGAGGUUUUCUCUCUUCAGCUUCUUCAAAACACGAAGAUCUCACCGAGUUGAAGUGGAUGACUCGUGGGACGACGUCGUUUACACUCGCAAACCACUGGCUAGUGACGAGGACAAACGUUAUUGGGUCGCCGAACCAGGCAUCGACCGUAAAGCUUCUGCUUUCAUCGCCAAGUUUCAUGAGACUCGUGUCUCUGAGUCCGAGCGCCAGACUCUCUCUCCUUUCCAAUCCAACAAGGCAUGA